AAAAAAAUACACAUCCGAGAAUACAACAGACCACGCGCUUUCCCUCUUUUUCAGUAGUCAACUUGGCCUCUUGGCGUCUACCGGCUACAGCUACAUCAACAUCUAUAAUUUGCAAACUACUGUGAAGUGCACCGCAGAGGGAUGCUGACGAACUACUGUGUUGUUACCAGUUGUUGCUGGCACAGAACACACACACAGUGAGUCACUGGUUGCCUGCAUGCAGUAAAGCAUGUGGGUUCCUCAGCUGAUGAGAUCCCCCCUUGGAGGAACGGUGUCAGCAUGGGGCCAAUUCUGGAAAUUCUGCAGUCCCUAGGAGAUGCACAGUGUGUCAGCUUCCAAGAAUUCCCAAGUUCCUGCCAUCUCUCCGUGGCUAAGCAGCAGCAACGUGGACAUCGUCCAACAACACGAGGACAUCUGAUGCUGGAAUUUAGGUUGGUCUGCUCAAAUUUGGUUGCAAAACAAAAGAAAAGAAAAGUUUGUCUGCAACAUUGCAGUGAUAUGCCAGAGAUGCUGAUAUUGACAGCAAAUUCUUUCAUAAUGGGAGAGACAUUAGGAAUGUCUGGAGUUGUUGUGAAACCACUUACUGUCAUUUGCUGCAAUUGUACACACACCAAAAAAAGUUUUCCAGCACCCCAGUUCCCAGUAAUUCUGAAGACAGAUGGUGACUGUGGAUAUUGUAUUACAGACAGUCCCCUUUACUGUUCCGAAAUGUCACUAAAUCCUCCCAAAGGUGUAAACAACUGUGCAUGAGCAGCACCUAUUAGAUGCAGGGGGUGCGACAGCCCAUCAGUUCCAGUCAUUCCACCAAGAAGGAGGUACAUGGCUCAUGUUGUCUGUAGUUCAACCAUGCCUAGAUGGUCAAUACCAUGGUUCGAUCACAUCUGCAUUGUUACUUUGUGCCAAGAAGGGCUCUCAACUAGGGAUGUGUCCAGGCAUCUUGGAGUGAACCAAAGUGAUGUUGUUUGGACAUGGAGGAGAUACAGAGAGACAGGAACUGUCGAUGACAUGCCUCGCUCAGGCCGCCCAAGGGCUACUACUACAGUGGAUGACCACUACCUAUGGCUUAUCAAUGCCACCAUGUUGACUAAGCCACAGGACAUCAUGCUAUGACUCAAACUGUGCGCAGUAGGCUGCAUGAUGUGCAGCUUCACUCCCAGUGUCCAUGGAAAGGUCCAUAUGUGCAACCACAACGCCAUGCAGCACGGUACAAAUGGGCCCAUCAACAUACCAAAUGGACCACUCAGGAUUGACAUCAUGUUCUCUUCACCGAUGAGUGUCGCAUAUGCCUUCAACUAGACAAUCGUUGGAGACGUGUUUGGAGGCAACCCAGUUAGGCUGAACACCUUAGAUACACUGUCCAGUGCGAGCAAGUGGAGGUUCCAUGAUGUUUUGGGGUGGCAUUAUGUGGGGCCGAUGUAUGCCGCUGGUGGUCAUGGA